AUGCCAGAUAGUGUCAUAAAAUGGGGUAAAGGUGAUGUGACAAUUCGAGAAUUAUCCAAAAAAGUUCAACUUGAAAAUCCAGAAGCGAUUUCCAGCAACAAGUUGCGAAAGCAAAUCGCUACUGUGACUCAAAUUUUAAGUCUGAAGCCAAAUGAAGCGAAACAGUUUGCAAAAAUCCAUGAAGAAUUUUACGAAUUACCCGUUGACGUGUACCAAACAGCAAAAGUUUCCAAACUUCUCUUAAUGAUGGAAAAAGGAACAAUGCCAGUUAAGUACAAGGGAAAGUGUUAG